GCUCACAUAGACGAGUCGUUCAUAUUGAACGACUCGUUCGCGAACGACACAUGUCUACUUGGAACAUUUUUGGGAAAACCACGCCUAUCUUCCUAUGUAUUCACCCUUGAAAUUAGAGAAAAAUAAAUCUAUCAUAAUAUUAGAGAUGCAUUUCAUAAUAAUGAGCGUCUAGCUCUAGGUUGUAGAAUGUUGUUGGUGGUUAAGUGGUUGCAUACAAUUCGUGUCUGUUCUGUAUUUUGCCUCCAGGUGAUGCACAAAUUCCAUCCAACUUUGUAAUUGUGAUAAUUGCUGCUGAUAUUAAGGAUCUUAAUACCGCAUUUUGCAGCAAACGUGAAUAAAAGAGCAAUAUUUGCUAAAACCGAUCAAAGAAAGUUUGCUGAAUAAUGUUCAUUGCAAAAUAAAUUCGAAUCGAUAUGUCAUAACCUGAAAGUUAUGAGAUGAACAUAGAUUUUUCAUUCUUACACUAGGACUAUUUAUUGAAAAUUUUUACGUUACGAUUGCGGAUAUUUGGCUAAAAAAGCAAGGAAUAAUGGCGAGUGUAUCCUACCAGAUCGCCAAUUUGUUGGAGAAGAUGACUUCUUCCGACAAAGACUUCAGAUUCAUGGCGACGAACGAUCUUAUGACCGAAUUACAAAAAGAUAGCAUCAAACUCGAUGAUGAUUCUGAAAGAAAAGUUGUUCGUAUGCUACUCAAGCUGCUGGAGGACAAGAAUGGUGAAGUGCAGAAUCUAGCUGUCAAAUGCCUGGGUCCUUUAGUGAACAAAGUCAAGGAAUACCAGGUUGAGCUUAUUGUCGAGACACUUUGCUUGAACAUGGUGGCUGAUAAAGAGCAGUUACGAGACAUCUCGAGUAUUGGACUAAAAACUGUCAUUGCGGAGCUGCCCCAAGCACCAGGUGGAUUUUCUGGUAACAUUUGUAAAAGAAUCACUGGUAGAUUAACUGCAGCUAUUGAAAGGCAAGAUGAUGUUUCGGUGCAAUUGGAAGCUUUGGAUAUAAUAACCGAUUUGCUGCUCAGAUUUGGCCCUGCAUUGCAAAACUUCCACGGUUCCAUUUUGGCUGCUCUGUUACCUCAACUGUGCUCUCAACGUCAGGCAGUUAGAAAACGUACAAUCAGUGCAUGUAGCAACCUGGUACUUUCUUGCAAUAAUUUUCUAUAUGCUAAGCUUGUUGAUCAUCUCUAUGAUGGACUAUGCUCUGACAAGAACAACUCUCAAAUCAGAACCUAUGUUCAAUGCAUUGCAGCUGUUUGUCGACAAUCAGGCCAUAAGUUUGGAGAGUAUAUUCCAAAAUUCGUGCCACUCAUUCUCCAAUGCAGUGAAGUGGAUGAUGAUGAACUACGAGAAUUUUGCCUACAAGCAUUUGAAAGUUUCAUAAAACGAUGUCCUAAAGAGAUCACAAAGAAUAUUCCAGCGAUUACUGAUCUGUGUCUGAAAUACAUGGUUCAUGAUCCGAACUACAAUUAUGAUGAGGACGAAGGUGCUGAGGGAGAUCAUGACGAUGACGAGGAUGAAGAUGAGGAAAAUGAUGAGUACAGUGAUGACGAUGACAUGAGCUGGAAAGUCAGAAGAUCUGCUGCCAAAUGUCUUGAAGCUAUUAUAUCAACUAGGCAUGAGCUCCUACCUGAAUUCUAUAAAGUACUUUCGCCGUGUCUCAUCGCUAGAUUCAAAGAGCGUGAAGAGAACGUCAAGUCUGAUAUUUUCCACGCGUACAUCGCCCUUUUAAAACAAACGAAAUCGACAGUAAAUGUCAAUAUGGACCCGAACGCGAUGGCAAUGGACGAGGAAGAAGAAAACCCUAUUACUUUGCUCCAGUCACAAAUCGAUCUUUUGGUUAAGGGAGUCCAAGGUCAAAUGCGAGAGAAAAGCAUGAAAACCAGACAAGACUGUUUCCACUUACUCAAAGAAGUAUGUUCUGUCCUACCUGGAGCUCUCAGCACCCAUAUUGGGGACUUGAUACCCGGUAUUUUGUAUUCGUUAAGCGAGAAAAAUGCUAGUAGCAACAUGAAAAUCGACGCUUUGUCUUUCAUACACUGUCUGCUGACCAGUCAUCAACCACAAGUGUUUCAUCCUCAUAUAGGCACCCUAUUACCACCUGUGAUUGGGGCGGUUGGAGACAGCUUCUAUAAAAUAACAGCCGAGGCACUCAAUGUCUUGCAAGAACUGAUUAAGGUUAUCCGACCUUUGAACGUUGAAUCCGACUUUGACUUCACCCCCUUCACCAAAGACAUCUACAGUUGCACCUUGCUGCGUCUGAGAACUGCCGAUAUUGACCAAGAAGUUAAAGAAAAAGCUAUAUCUACAAUGGGACAAGUCAUUUGUAAUCUUGGAGACCACUUGAAAGAUGAGCUACCUUACUGCCUGCCCUUAUUUUUGGAUAGACUCAAGAAUGAAAUCACGAGACUUACUACUGUCAAGGCUCUUACCAAGAUUGCUGGAUCGCCUUUGGGCAUUGAACUACCGAUUCUACCAGAAACUAUGCCAGUUCUAGGAUUGUUCCUACGUAAGAACCAGAGAGCUUUGAAACUUAGUACCUUGCAGCUGAUUAAUUCUCUCAUCAACAAUUAUCAUGGAGAUUUGAGCGUCCAAUUACUGCAACCGAUUAUAGCUGAAGUGCCCCCUUUGCUGGACGAGUCUGACCUCCAUAUUGCCCAGUGGACGCUGAUUAUCCUUAAAUCUGUUGCUACAUAUCAUCCCAAAGCAUUACGGAAUAUAAAUGAUACUAUCAUGCCGCAAAUUCUACUUUUGGUCAAGUCGCCUUUGCUACAAGGUACUGCCUUACAGUCGAUGUUAGACUUCUUUAAAUCGCUAGUGAAAUGCAAUCUCCAAGGUCUUAACUACGACUCUUUGUUACGCUUACUGCUAAUGCCAAUUUCAAAUCUUAAUACGAGUCAAAACGCCACGUUACAUAAGCAAGCGUUUUAUUCACUGGCAAAGUGCGUGGCAGCAAUAACUGUCACCUGUCACAAUCAAGCGUUGCCAGUAGUGCCACAAUUCAUCAACGAAAUACAGACUGCGCAAAGCGACAGCCAACAGAUUUUCGCUCUGUUGGUUGUUGGAGAAAUUGGCAGAGAAAUAGACUUGACAACAAUACCUAAUCUUAAGCAAGUUAUUCUGAAUUCGUUUUCUGCUGUGUCGGAGGAAGUUAAGUCAGCAGCUAGUUAUGCACUUGGAAGCAUCUGCAUUGGAAAUUUACAGCAAUAUUUACCGUUUAUUUUGAAGGAGAGUCAGGAUCAACCAAAGCGUCAGUAUCUGUUACUGCAUUCUUUAAAAGAAGUGAUUACUUGCCUUUCUCAAACCCCUGAAGGCGUCAAACAGUUGUUGCCAUUCGUACCUGCCAUUUGGCAACAGCUAUACCGUCAUUGCGAAUGCCAAGAAGAAGGUACUAGAAAUGUUGUAGCGGAAUGUUUAGGAAAAUUGACAUUGAUAGAUCCAACGAAUCUUUUACCUAAACUAAAAAGAUCUCUCAAUUCCCCUUCACCGCUAAUGAGGACAACUGUCGUAACUGCGGUUAAAUUCACCAUUUCUGAUCAGCCUGCAGCUAUAGAUCCUCUACUAAGACAAUGCAUAGGAGAAUUUUUAAAUACUCUACAAGAUCCAGAUCUAAAUGUGAGAAGGGUGGCUCUAGUAGCUUUCAAUUCGGCAGCUCAUAAUAAACCCUCUCUAAUUCGGGAUCUUUUAGAAACAAUUUUACCACAAUUAUAUGGAGAGACAGUUAUUAAGAGAGAUUUAAUAAGAGAAGUAGAAAUGGGUCCUUUCAAACACACGGUAGAUGAUGGUUUAGACAUAAGAAAAGCCGCGUAUGAGUGCAUGUACACUUUACUUGAUUCCUGUCUAGAUAAAGUGGAUAUAUUUGAGUUCAUAAGUCACGUAGAGACUGGUUUGAAGGAUCAUUACGACAUUAAGAUGCUAACUUACCUCAUGGUGGCUAGGUUAUCCCAAAUAUGUCCUGGAGCCGUAUACCAAAUGUUAGAUAAGUUAGUAGAGCCUCUAAGGGCGACGCUUACAAUGAAAGUUAAAGCUAAUUCUGUAAAACAAGAAUAUGAGAAGCAGGAUGAGUUGAAGAGAUCGGCCAUGAGAGCUGUAGCAGCAUUAUUGAGUAUACCUGAUGCAGAUAAGAAUCCACAUCUAAUAGAAUUUGUAAGUCAAAUCAAGGGUUCAACAGACUUAGCACCAAUAUUCGAAUCAGUUCAAAAGGAUUGUUCAAGUACUCAUAGUGAUUGUUUUCUGAUGGAUCAAAGUUAGGAUGUAUUUGUAUUAAGUAAAAUAUUAUCUAGAUUACGAUAUUCAGUUUUUCAUCGAGCAUUUCAUCUGAAUCAUUGUUCGUUAAAACAUUUUUUGUUUGUUAUUCAUCUAGAUUCAGAUGAUAUUUUGUAUUAUACUACAUAUAGAGGGUGAUUAAAAUCCAAAAUUGAGCUUGAUGCUAGGUAUCGGAAGUACUUUUGAGUAAUUCUUUACAUAGGUCCACGCACACGAACAUGGGAUUUUGGUGAUUAGUUAAUUCUCUUGAAAAUGUCUCAUUAUAGAUCUUUCAAAUGGUUGAAACCAGUUUAAAUGUUCAGGCCAAUAAGGAGGCUGAGAAGCCACAUUAAACUCGUUCAAUGACAAGGAGCAUUAUCGUGAUACAACACCCAGUUCUUGAUCUGAUGAACGGUGGUGUGAUUCAAAUUUAACUCUUCCCCGAUCAUUCUGACCGUCAACCGACGAUCUGAACCCACAAGAUCCCGGGUUCUGUUCCACAAAAAAAAAAUCGCUGCGACAACCCAAGCGAGUUCAAACUUGUACUGAAGGCGGAUCACAUGUUCCCCUGUUCGCCGUCCAAGCAUGGCGCCUCCAGUGUUGCCAGGUACAAAGCUACGUUGCCAGUCUUAUCGUCAACUAUCCUAAGGGACUGUUGCCACAGUUAUAGAAUUUCCUUUGCCACAGUUAUGGAAUUUCCUUCCAUCAUUGAGAAAUUGUGAGAAAGAUUGUAAUAGAAACUAAAUUUGGCCAGUUUGGACCGAUCCAUUACCAUUUCCAAGGGGAAUAACGUGCCAACGUUGUGUCGCGUGCGUGUUUUACUUACUAGCACGCGUUUUUAAAACCGUCAUUUGGACAUAAUUUUUUGUCGACGGUACCAGAAAUUUUUGAAAAGAACAAAAUUAUUGUCAGUACAUUUUGCUUGUUGAGGUUGAAUGAAAAACUGUUUGUGAUAACCGCCGACUUCUACGCUGAACUUGAAAUUAAAAGAUUUUAACCACCCUAUACCGGGUGUCAAAGGACACCUUCUAUAGUAAUGAUCAAAAUUCAUUUUGCUGAAUUUUUGACCGUUUCCUAUGACUCAAAAAUAAGAACCUACUUAUUGUUCAAUAGUUUACUUACUGUGUAUUUGAAAUAAUUAAAUAACUGAAACAAA